AUGGAUUCUGAGGCAGAAUCAUUCAAAAAGACCAUUCCUGGUGGCAUAGAGGGUAUGAACAGUAGUGUGAAUGACAUAACUGAGGAGCCGAGUAGCUUUGACAGAGACGACAUCAAAAGUUUAGUUAGGGUCGAGAACGAUGAGUCCAAGUAUGACUUAACAGGAGCAGCGAAUGUUCAUCCUGUGAUGGACAGCACUCCUGCUAUAAAAUAUGACAAGGGUUCAAAUGAAUUGCCAAAACAAAAAUCGACGAUUAACAACACUACCCGUGAUACUCCAGAGUCUAAGGGUCUAGAUGUAGUAGUUGAUAUGCAAGGUGUGGGCGUGCCGGACAGACCAGAGUCAGAUAUCCAGCAUCGCAGGAACUUCGCCACAAAGACUAUUAGCAAUCCGCGCGAUGCUGGAGAGGGUGAUGCGAACCUCGAUAGUGAAUUUCCCCUCUUUCCAUCACACUCUUUCAAUGAGCAGGGACACCCUUCACGCACUCUGGGGAAUUUCUCAUCACCCUUAGCGGAGGAUCUGGUAGAGGACUAUACUCGCCAACAGGACAUUAACCAUAAGACGAAUCAGGAAGUCCCAUCAGAUUUGGUCAUUGGUUCACCCAAAUCUAGUUCUCAGUUCACGAUGAAGAUUCCGCCUGCUCCUUAUCAGAAUUUAUCCCCAUUGUUGGUAUCUGAGCUUUCGGAGGUGGACCUGCCGAUGAUGCGUCACCCCACCUCGACUUCCUUCCCGGUGACGCUCCUCGGCGUCAGCACCGACCUGCGCCGUAAACGCAUCAAAAAAGUCAGCCAUUACAUUAUCGGUGCGCUACUUGGUGAGGGCACCUAUGGUGUGGUGCGAGAUGGUUUAGAUAUCUCCGGUGAGCGUAUCUCUCGAUGCGCGGUGAAGAUGGGCAAUGUCUGCACUGGUUCGACAACAUCCGCAAAAGAUCGACCCGCGCUUAAGCGCACCGACCAGGCCGCCUACCAGCGACGCGUGAAUCAGCGUGAGGCCAUCAACCUACAACGUUUCCACAGCCCCUACAUCGUCCGCGCACGCGACAUAUUCACGAUGAACGGGAAGGAGUACAUUAUUCUGCCUAUUGCGAUCUGCAGUUUGGAGCAGCUCGUGCAGGAUGCGCUCCGCGAGGCGUCGGCCAAACGACAACAUCCGCGAACACACAUCGGCUCAUCGGACGGUAAAGAGCCGAACACGCAAUCCGGUCUUUCAACCGGCACCACCACUAAGACAGCGGAAAUGGCUGACAGCAAGACCAAUCUGAAUGUCACGUAUAGCAAUGAUGUCGUCGAUCCGGACAAUAGGGGCUUCCACCAAGACGAGACUGCAAGCACUGCAAGUUAUCGUAGCGGGAGUGCCAAGGGCUACCGAGGGCCUUGGGGUGGCUACCACCAUGAUGGCGAUGACCCCGAUGAGGUAAACAGCCCAAAUAACAAUGAGCAGUUAACGCUUUUGUCGACGCUGGAGGAUGACUCUCGGUCUGUUUCGUUCUCCGUGACGUCGUGUUCGUCCGCCUCCACCACCUCAACGACGGUUUGUGCGAGCUUCCAGACGGAGACCCCUGGGGAGGUCGGUAGCAACUUACCACCUCGAUUGGUGCCGAUUCUAAACGAUGGCUCGAAGAGCCUUCUACAGCACAGUAGCCGCGACCGGAAGGAGCCCGAGCCGCUUUUAUCUAUGAUGCUAAUCAGGGGUAUUAUGUUCCAGAUCCUCUCUGGCGUCAAUUACCUGCACUUGCAGAAUAGCGCACACAACGACAUCAAAACCUCAAAUAUCCUUCUCUUCGAGGACGGCUCCGUAAAACUGACGGACUUAGGAAGUGUGGGCGAACGCUACGAUGGAUAUGGCACUCCAUUGUACGCCGCACCAGAGCUGUGCAAACAUUUCUAUGGCUUAGUGGAUGGGAAUUCCAACAACUACGACAAUUUUAGUACCAUGGGCGAGGCGCGUUCCGAUUCUGAGCACAGUAGUGCUUGGAACCGAAAAUGGGUCCCACGUCGUAGCGGCCUGCUCGAGAUCGACGCAAAAAAAUGUGAUAUGUGGUGCUGCGGUUUAAUUCUUUACAAGCUUCUCACGGGCAAGGACGGUCCAUUGCGAGUGCACCAGAAUUACUAUAAUCAACGGCUCAAAGAUUCCAGCAGCGAUUACGAUGAUAACAGUGCGACGCCUGCGUCAUUGAUCAACUGCUUUCAACUGUACCGCGAGAUCGCCUCACAGAAAGAGGCCGUGUGUUUGGAUGAUGUCCCGGACCUCACGGUGGGGAUUGUAGAAACCGAACAGUCAUCUAUUAACGGCUUUCCGAGCAAAUACCCGCGCAACAGUGUUCGUGGCCUCCUCGAGAGACUUUUAGCGAUAGAACCGGAAAAGCGCUUUACCGCCGAGGAAGCGUUGGCUCACCCGUGGAUUUCAUCUUUGUUAGAUCUUGGUCAGUCUUUUUCUAGACCGGAACAUCUGCAGAAUCCGCCCGACAACACCAGGCGAAAAGAUUUAGUACGGCAAUCGGUGGAGGAGGCCAUCCGGUGCAGCAUCGCACGGGAAGUAUUGAGAUCGUCGCAUGUGAGGAAAAUCCUCAAAAAGGAUAGUGAGAACCACCUCCAAUUUGUGGCGGACUGCUGCAAUAUCCUCAACGUUGAUAUCCCUGAGGAGGUGUUCAGGCCCUUUGGGACGGAACCCUAUGAGAACAACUACUACAGCGGGUUAUGGGAGGGCGCCGCCACGCCGCCGCCCCAGUCCUCGUCCGUCGUCACCACGAUGAUGGAGGCAGAUGGCCGGGCGAGGGAUGUCGUGAUGGGCACCCUGGUCCGCUCGAACCUACCGAAGGUGAUGCCGAGGGGGAGUGUCGACCCUCACCUUUUUCUCCCCUUCGAUGAGGCCAAUUACUACGAACGCAAGAGCGGCAAGAAGGGCUUCGACGUCCGGUGCCUGCUCGGCCAACCCGCCAAGCUGCGCCAACUCGAGGCCUACCUCCACAACGUCGUCUUGGUGAAGUGCGGCUACCGGAUCCGACCCGACCCGGUCUUUGAGUCCCCCCCGUGCGGGGUCGUAGGGCUGCUCCCGAUACUCCGCCAGCACCUCGGGGGUGACGUUAGCGGUCUGCACGGCACCCUCUCCCAGGCCGUCGCCCCCACCACCGUCUUCCGGAGCAGUGGGAGCCCCCGGGCGUCAGAGGAGACGACCUCCAGCCGGUCCCGGCUGCUGGCGGCCUCGCACGAAGAUCUCAACCGGGGCGGGAUAUGCCCGCCGCGUCAGCCAACGGCGCGGGAUGGCGACCCACGGCCCCGGACGGCCCCUCAACCUCAGGCCGCGCGACGAUGGGUCGGCGAGCAGGCGGGCAUCGCCACGGGGGUGGUGGUGGAUUCGCCUCCACGCAGCCCGGGAGGGAGGAGGAGGGAGACGAGCGCCCAACGCGGGGUCGCCGAUGAGGAUCCCUCCAAUAUCAACACGCAACGAGUGGCCCGUAUGGUAUACCGCGGGUCCGGUAGGGAAGGCAUCGAGGCUACGGCGGAGAGCUCCAAGUGCUUCUGUGGGCUGGCCUAG